CUUUCCAGAAGUAUAUUAUCUCCAUUUUAUGGAUUAUCCUUGAUCGGUUUUAUUGCCCACUAACCUUCCGUUACGCGAGCGGGAAACUUGAACUCCUGAUCUUCUCAACCAUGUCCAAGAGACUGCAUUACGGCAACAGUGUGGACGUCGUGGGUGACGAUGGGAUGAUGCGGCGCGGACGCGUGGUGGACCUGGCGUACGACGGGCUCUUCGUCGAUUUCCUCUGUCCCACUCGACACCGAGAAUUCGUCCCAUUCGGCAGGCUCUUCCCGCCUUACAAACCAUACAAGAAGGGAAACGAAUCACCGAUGGGCCCGUGGAUCUGGUUCCCGGGGGAAGCGGUGGUUUUCGGAUCCGGUGUGCCGCGGGACGAGCAGAGUAUCGGCCCCGUGGUCCAUGUUCGCCGUUCGCCCAGCGGAACGCCGUGCACCGAGAUCGUCCCCUGGAAUCGGAUUCGCCGGCAAGAAUCGCGCGAACCGAUUCGUCCCGGGACGUUCGUUAAGGAUAGCGUGCAGUUGGACGAUCAAUUUCGCUCAAUGGCCGCGGAGCAAGCCAAGACGAUCAUUCAGCGAGUGAAUUCUGAAGUGAACAACCGUCCCUUUCGUUCUACCAUGAACGUGGUGAGUUUCGUUGACGCCCGGCUGGAUUUCAUUCCGUUCCGGGAUUUUUCCGGCCCGCCAGACUGGCACUAUCGACCUGCUGACCGUGAUUCAGCUCGGUCGGAUGUGCUGCGCGCUUUUUGGACCGUCGAUGCGGAACUUCAUGGUGAGCGCAGCAGAAAAUCGAAAGUUCCAAGCGAGGAUCCAACAAACAACGCAAAGAUGGAAUCGCUUCCUUUGGAUUUGCUGGUGGAAGCGUUUUCGUAUUUGGAAACAGCGAAGCAGACUGAGCUGCGCAGGGUCUGUGCCGCGUGGAACUCGAUAAUGGACGCACCGACGCUGUGUGCUUGUAUCAUGAUCAGAGAUGUCGCUGAGUACUUAUGGGGGCGAGGGUUCGUUGACAUGGCAACCGUGUUCAAACGCUUGCAUCCUGGCGCGCAGCACGUGGUCCUGGUGCACGAGACGAGCGUGACCACUGACCAGCGCAUUACGGGCAUGAUGCGGCUGUGCAAGAUAAUCAGCUAUGUCGCUCAGCAGCGACCCGGAAUCCGCCUGCGAAACAUGGUGCUCCGCGGUUUCCAGUUCAAUGUGCAAGUGGAUUGGUCGGCCAACGUAUCCGCAUGUCUGGUGCAUCCGCCUCUUCCUUCCGAGUUCCCGCGAAAUGGAACGCCUCUGUAUCGUCUGCAGGAUUUCAUCACCGCAUGUAGUCGUCUCCCGUGCGUGUGCAGCUCACAGCCAAGGUUCCGCUAUUGCCAGUACGUCAGGAUUUUGGCUGCGUUGUAUGGGACGCGUUGGAGACGGCGGCACCGGUAGCGAGCGAAUGGUUCCUGCAAGAGCUGUCCCGCUGGAUGAAAGGCACUACGAAUGGACACAAGGAAAAGUUAUGUGCGAUGCUGUAUGGCACACAAUCCUCUGAUCCGCGUCCGUCGGCGCAUUACCAUGGAAAGAAGUUCAGAAGAGGUGUUGAAGGACUGACGAUUUUGGAGCCAUGGCUCGUGGAUGACAGAUUGUUAAAUGACGCCCUGGGAUUUUGGGGUUGAGAGUUGCGCUUUCUUUUUUCUUCACGCAACUUAUGACUUCGCUCUCGUUUUUUUUCUGUUGUGUUCUGGACAAUAUUUUAGCAACCUUUUUGUAGAUUGUAAUACCUUUCGUAGCGUUCAGUUUUUUACGUUAAUGAUCCUUUCAUUUGCCAUGUAGUUGCCGAUUACUGAUUAGCAUUGAACGUGAAUUCCGAUUAUC